CUGAGGACAGAAAUGGAACAUACCCACAGAAGCACAUGUAUCGAUGGCCCAAGGAGACGGUCGUUCCGGGCCUGGACAUGCGGAGGUUCCCUUCAGGGACGGCGAAUCUGCAAUAUCAUAUGCAGCCAUCAGCUCCAUGCGUUCGCCACCUACCUCAUCCUCAGGCAUCACCAGAUCCUCCUCUUUCUCCCUACAUGCUAUGCUGUACAGAGCUCCAAGUAUGAACUGUAUCCAUCCAUCUGCGAUGCCAUACUCUUCGACUCUCUGUCCCUCCAUCUUCGUGCGGAGAUGCACCGAUCGCCCGGGGAAGCCGUCUAGCUCCCCCCUCCGGUGGAGUCUCCCCGCCCCUUGGAAUUCCAUUUCCCCCCCUUGGGUAACUUUAUCCGGAAGCAGACGGGCUGAGUUUCCGCUGCGAGGAGUACCACCUUAUUCCACUUCCCCGGAUCAUCCCGUCAGGAGUAUGACUGAAAUGUACAUGACUAUUCAAGGGAGGUAAUAAAUUCCGAGUAAACCCGGAGACCCUGCGUCAUUCCAGCGAUCGAAGCUCUCCU